UGCUUGGGGUUUCACCCUUUUACAACCACAGUUGUACCCAAUUGAGCAUUUCUGUAAAUUCCAACGUACCAGCAUGCUAAGCGUUAUUAGUGAUCUUGAUCCUUAAACCUUUGGUAUACGGCCAUCAUUAACAACAAAAAUGCAAAAUGUUAAUGCUGCAGUGUAUUUUGAGAAAUUUAUGAUGGAACUGCCUGACUUUUAUUUGACUGACUUAAGUGAAUACUUUUAGAGAGAGAUGAUUGCAAAAUAGAUUGACUCAUUAAACAUUAUAGAACAGUUGAUUAUGGACAGGGUGGUUGCAUUUAAAGAUGGAUUGCAUUAUAAAAAUUAAAUGCUUUUGCCAUCAAAUUUUUGUACUAUUAACUUGAAAGAUAAGAGGUUCUUGGCUCUAUUUAUUAAACCAAAGCCCUGACAGUGCACAUUAUUAUUUCUUGUGAAGAGCCCAUUAGUAAUUAUGCAAAAAGGGUAUACAUGAGAAUAACACAUCUUGGAGUAAUGUCAAACACUGAUCAUUUCAAACUAAUUUUCUGACCAUUGUCCAUUUUGGAAGUGUUUUACGAAUGAUCUUUAAUGCACUGGAGCAUUAAUAUUUUUUCAAAUGUUGCUCAUAAUCCAGGCUAUUGAAUUCAGUUAUAAACAGUACAAUGGAUAUAGUUAUACUAUCAAUCCUGAAAACAUUUGUAUACAUCUGCAUGAGAGAAUCCCUUUUAAAAUGAAUGUAAGUGAACUUCCUGGCAUUCUAAUUCUUAAUCAAAAUAUACAUGAGUAUUCUCAAAUUGUUUCUUUAUUAUGCAGUAUACCAAGGGUUGUUAAUGGGGUGGGACUUCCUAGUCUAAAGUUUUAAAAAGUUGGUUAUUCCAGCUUUUUAUGUGCUUUUGUGAAGGUGGACUUUUUUAAAAUAACCAUAUUGUUUCAUAAAACCAGAUCAUCACCCAAAAUAAUAAAUUCUUCUCUCUGUUAUCUGUGUGUGUGAUUUUUAUAGUGGAGAAGGCAUUUGCAGAGCCCCUUCCCCGAUGACUGAAAAAGUGGGUCCUCUGCAGCGACAGGGGAUUCUAGGCAAUUUACAAAAGGCCAGCAAGCAUAAGAGUCCCCAUGUGUUGUCCUGUUGUAAUCAUUUGUUCUUGUUAACUACCUUUUCUCUUCACUGUUUCUAUAUUUCUAGGCUUUGAUGUUAUCCAAUUUAGAUUGUAUGAAGGAAAGAAUUCAGCAAAUUGAGACAGGGCAGGCUGAAAGAGAAUUUUUUUUGCAAGGGAUUACAUACUAUAGAGUAGGUAAUUUUGGCACCAUUCAUUUUGGUUUGUGUGAGACUAGAAAGUGAUUGGUAACAAUUCAAUUUAUAAAUCAAAUUAUCCUCUUGGAAUGGCAACACGAGACUGUGUAAGCCAAAAUGUCCUGCUUUAUGGUAUCUGCAAUCUCACAUUAUACUACACUGACUUUUUUAAAGAAAAUGAAUUCUUGCAGGGCUGUAGAUAAGUUAGUAUGUUGUAAUUUACCUAUAAAAUUUCUUAUUUUUAGGCAUGUUUAUUACAUUAAAGGAGUAAGGUUUUUAGCCAUGUACCAUGCGCCACUUGUGUGUUUUGAUACACCAAGCCAAGUUACUUGGAUGAAAACAUUUCUGGUUGAGUUAGUAGGUCAAUUAAGCAACUUGUGAAAAUUGUGAUAAUUUGUGGAUCGAAAUUUUACCAAUUGCUUGGAGUGUUACAGAUAUAGACGUGGUGGGCCAAAGACCGCAUUUCUAUACUGUAUGACUCUGACUAUAUGAUCUCAAAAUCUAACUUUUCUGGGGCCCUGUGAAGAGGUUCUUUUAUUUGCAUGUUUUAAUGUGUGUGUGAUUGUGAUUGCUGUAAUGAAGGUCUGGAUUAGCUAAAUACAAUCAAGAAAUACGGUAAGCAAGUAUUACAUGCAAUAACUUGCUCAGCUUGAAAAAGGACUUACAGCAUGUCGGAAUUCUUGUUUACUGGUAGACGAUGGCUGUCAGUUGUCUCAUUCUUUUGUCUGUUUUCCUUUCCCUAUUUUUUUCUUUGUUCUUUCCCUCCUGUCAAAUUCAUCUUCCAUCUGAGUAUAAAUGCCAAAGGUACAUAUGAACUGCGUAAUAAUUUUCAUAAAUCAUUGAAAAGACAAUCCUUUAUUUAUGACAGUCGGUAGCAUCUCAGUGAUGUAAACGACCCUGAUAACGCUAUGCUAAGUGCAUUCUGUUAAUUUUAUCAGCACUGCUCAGUACAGAAAGUGGAACCAUUGCCUUUGUUUAACAGUGGUUUUUCUUUUUUUGUUGUUGUGUUUUACAGUUCUUUUCCCUGGUUCAGCCAGACCUAUUUACCAGGCCCUGCUGAAAAUACCACCCAACAGUUUUGCCUUCUGCAGCUAAUCCAGUUUCUCUUAAGUGUCCUUUACUUGUUGUAUGUUUUCUUGCUGAGGUGCUACACAGUAUCUUUAUACAUGCAGUGCUGAUAAUUACUAUUAUCUGUAAAGGAUAGAUGUGCAGUUGGUGUGUAUAUAUAUUUACAGAAUGUCACUCUUGAUUAUGGGGCAUUGGGGCACAGUGGCAAAUUGAUGUCUAGUAACAUUGCAAAAAAAGAAGUGGUUCACUUACACAAAAAGUAGCUUUUAAUAUAUAAUGAGCAGUAUGUUUCAGCUUGUUCAUGAAAUUCUCCUGUCUAAUGGUAAGUUCUAAACAAGUCAUAGUGAACUUUUUCAUGAUUUUGGUCCCUAAAUCAUAAACUUUUUUUUGUCUUGUGUAUCUUGAUUUUUCUGUGUGCUUUAUAGUGAAGCAGCCGACACGAGUCGCUUGUUCAUAAAACAUCUUUUGAAAAGUUGAGAGCACAACCCCUGGAGAACCGACUGUGCUUGCUUACGUUUGGUUCAUGACUAAAAAAUCGAGUACAGGAGUCAUUCCUGAUGAGUCUAAGGCUUUGUCUCUGUUGGCACCAGCUAAUGCAGUGGCAGGUCUGCUGCCUGGAGGUGGACUUUUACCAACACCUAAUCCUCUGACAUCACUCAGCAAUGUUCCAUUAGCUACUCCUCUUGGGAAUGUGAAUCCUGGAUUGGAUCCAACUCUUGCUGCACUUGGACUGCCAGGAGCAAACUUGAAUUCACAGGUUACAGCAGAUCAGCUAUUAAAGCUCAUCACUCAAGUUGAUCCAAAGUUAAACCAUGCUGCUGGCGCCAUUGUGAGUCCAGCCCUGAAAUCUGACACCUCUUCAAAGGAUAUUGAAGAAGCAAUGAAGAGAGUUAAAGAAGCACAGUCAUUGAUCUCAGCUGCUAUAGAAACUGACAAAAAGGAGGACAAAAGGAAACAUUCUCGAUCAAGGUCUCGCUCUCGUAGGCGGCGUUCCCGUUCCCGAUCAAGGCAUAGGCGGUCCAGGAGCAGAUCUAGAAGGCGUUCACAUUCAAAGUCUAGGAGCAGACGGCGAUCACGAAGUCCAAGAAGAAGAAGAUCGCGCUCAAGAGAGCGACGGCGGUCUAGAAGUACAUCAAAAUCAAGAGAGAAAAAGAAGGAAGAGAAAAAAAGGUCAAAAACACCUCCCAAAAGCUAUAGCACAGCCAGGCGGUCUCGAAGUCCUAGCAGAGACAGAGAGCGAGAAAGAGAACGAAGGCGUAGGAGAAGUAGGAGUAUUUCAAGGUCCCCAAAGAAAUCGCGAUCACCCAAACGUAAACUGUCACGGUCACCAUCCCCUAGAAGGCACAAGAAAGAAAAGAAAAAGGAUAAAGACAGAGACAGAAGCAGAGAAGUAGAGGAAAGGGAGAGAUCAUCUAGCAAAAAGAAGAAGAGCAAAGACAAAGAGCGGGAGAAGGAGAGGGAGAAAAAGGCAGAGAGUGAAAAAGGAGAUGUGAAGGUUACAAGAGAUUAUGAUGAAGAGGAACAAGGAUAUGACAGUGAGAAAGAAAGAAAAGAAGAGCAGAGAGUUUCUGAAUCUGCAGUGUCCCCAAAACUGAAAGAAGUUGCACAGCCGAGUGACAAGGAAAGUACUGAUGUUGUUAAAGAGUCAAAGGUCAAUGGUGAUGAUCACCAUGAAGAAGACAUGGACAUGAGUGAAUAAACUUAGUGAAAGCUGAUUUAUAUUCCUAAUGUGAAGUGAUUAUUUUUAGCAGUGCUUUCUGUCAGAAUUGAAGUGUCGCCCUUCUAUAAUAUUUUCUAUAAUUAGAAAGUGGUGACUUUGGCACCUGCCUUGUUCAACACAGUUUGUGAAAGAGGUGUGCAGAUGACUUGGUUCAGGAAGUGAAACUGCACUUCUAAUAGCAUCAGAUUGGUGUGCCAGUAAGAAGCUUUUUCUGAAAUAUAUGCAGGGAUCUCCUUUGAAAAGAGUAGGAACCUCAGUAAUGUGUAAUAUUUGUUUAAAGAAACUCAACCAAUACUGAUGUAGAUAGUUACAUAUCCUAUGAGCCUUGUGACUGUAGAUUUGAGUUCAUGUAGUUCACUGUUUAUUUGGCUUUCUUAGUUUUAAGUGGCUUUGUCUGCUUUUGUAUGUAGCUCUAAUAAAUAACGUACUUUGAUAUUUCCUGCUCUUCAAUUUAUCACUCGUGUAUUGCACACUGUUUUCAAAUAGUGAGCAUCUGCACAAACUGGAGUUCAUGUGCAAGGUCUUGUGAGGAAAAUAGUUUUCUUUAUCUUGAUACUGACAAGUCUGUCAGGUUAGCAAUUUUGGCUGCAGAAUGUGCCAUGGUCUUGUACAGUUUAUGAAAACAAAUUUCUGUUUUACAUGUGAGCUUUGAUAAUAAAAGCUAUUUUAAAGCCUG